AUGGCGGCGUCCUUGUGUCGGUGUUCUGAGCUCUUACGGAAGAGCCAUAAAGUUCUGCCACCAUGUUCCAUCAUCUCCACAUUUAACAACAGUAAGGUCAGCGGAAUCUACGGUUCCCAGAAUGUAUCUUUACAGCAACGCUACUCCUCAGGUGGGGGUGGAGGUCGGAAAGGUUUACUUGGAGAGUUUGUGGACUCACUGAAGCAGGAGCUGCAUAAGAACAAGGAGAUGAAGGAGAACAUCAGGAAGUUCCGAGAGGAGGCGAAGCGUCUGGAGGAGUCUGAUGCCCUGCAACAGGCCAGGAGGAAAUAUAAAAGCAUUGAAUCUGAAACGGUCAGGGCCUCUGAGGUCUUCAAGAGAACUUUAGACUCUCUCUCUGAAACUGUCAAAGAGGGCAUUGAGGAAGUUGGUCGCUCGGAGCUGGGGAAAAAGAUUAAGGAAGGGGUGGAUGAGGCUGCCAAGACUGCAAAACAUUCAGCAGAGUCCGUGUCGAGGGGUGGAGAAGCUUUGGGAAAAACCAGUGCUUUCCAAGCCAUCUCACAGGGUAUGGAAAAGGUGAAGAGAGAGAUUGAUGAUGUAGCACAGGGAGGGCCUUACCGUGCCCCUUCCCAGUUGAGGAAGAGGAGUGAGUUCUCAUUUAAAGGAGCCGAAAAUCAGGCUCGAGUGUUUGAGGCCAACGAAGAGGCCAUGGGAGUUGUUCUUCAUAAAGACUCAAAGUGGUUUCAACAAUGGAAGGAUUUCAAGGACAACAACAUGGUUUUCAAUAGGUUCUUUGAAAUGAAGAUGAAGUAUGAUGAGAGUGAUAAUGUCUUAAUCAGAGCCUCCCGUGCUGUAACAGACAAAGUCACUGACCUCAUUGGUGGGCUGUUCUCUAAAACGGAGAUGUCAGAGGUGCUAACAGAGAUCCUGAGGGCAGAUCCUAAUUUUGAUAAGGACUCUUUUCUGAGGCAAUGUGAAUACGACAUCAUCCCUAACAUACUUGAAGCUAUGAUUCGUGGAGAGCUUGAAGUUCUUAAAGACUGGUGUUAUGAAGCAACAUACAGUCAACUAGCACAUCCAAUCCAACAAGCCAUAGCUAUGGGCCUGCAGUUUCAGUCUAAGGUCCUGGAUAUUGAUAAUGUUGACUUGGCAAUGGGUAAGAUAAUGGAGCAAGGGCCUGUACUUAUCAUCACUUUCCAGGCCCAGGUUGUCAUGGUGAUUCGCAGUCCUAAAGGAGAGAUUGUGGAGGGAGAUCCAGAGAAAGUCCUGAGGAUGAUGUACGUGUGGGCACUCUGUCGAGAUCAGGAGGAACUUAACCCUCACGCUGCCUGGAGACUCCUGGACGUCUCUGCAUCCAGUACCGAACAGGUCCUGUAAGCUACUUUUACUGUGGACAGGAAGUGCCUGGAAAAAAUACACACACACACAUUAUUGGCAUAUCCUAAGGUUCAGCGUGGAUCCUUUUUUGAAUAGGAUCUGCUGUGGGUAGACAAGCAUGUAAACACUCACUCAAACCAAACAUACAGACUCCUGCAUUCAAAUGGAACAGGCCUGUCAGAGGAGCAAUCCAGUCCUGAGCGUGUUUGAGACACAUUUGCAUGAAUACGCAUACACAAUGACAUCACCUGUCUGUUCAGUCACUGGCCAGUGGGGCUAGAAUAACUGACGGUGUGUUGUGUUUAUGGUGAGCUGUGUGUGUUUGUCCACAGUAAGGUGCUUACUGUUUUGUUGGGGUUGGGCUUUUUCUUAAUGAGAACGCAACAAAGAAUAGAAUAUGUAACAUAUUAACUUAUCAAGAGACUGGUAGUGUUGGUCAGAACCUCUCAUGCUGGCUUCCACUAUAACUUUUUUUUUCUCUCUUUUUAAUUUAGUUGUCUUGCAUGGCAAAGUCCUACUUAAUUUCAGACCUUGUCUUCCCUUUGGCCUCUAACUUGUGUUUGGGGUGGUCACAAACCCUGGUUACUCUUAAUAGGUAUUAUAUAUUACAAUCUAUGUACAAAAUGUAUACAAGAGCAGAUACCUCAUCACCAACUACACAAUGUGAACUGCCUGGGAGACAAAUGUACUACUGUCCAUUUCAUACAG